GGUCAAAGGGCUGAUUGGUCAACAAGGGAUAUGGUUAGCUUGUUUGUGAUGUCUACGGCAUUUGAAUUCAAUCAUUCUCUGCAAUAUAAAUACCGAGCAUUUGGGCGAUGAAGUAAUAAUAUCUAAGUAGCGGGGAUUAAGCGAAGAAGAUGUACAUCACGAGGCCUCUCUCUCUGCUCAGGAAAUUCCCGAACGCCCUGUCGGCACCUCCGGAGGGCCCGAACUCUGGCUAUUUGGUGAUCCAAGACGAAGAAGCCGUGAACACUUGCUGUUUCGGGCGGUGCGAAGACACCUGGAUCUACGAACUUCCCUUCCCUCAGGACAAGCACCUCACCAUCGAAUACAGGACCAGCGGAGGAGCCGGCCACAACCACUCGAGCUCGACGACGUACCGGGACGAUGUAGUCUUGAUUCCGGUUCUGAAUGAGCCCCUGCCGUCCAACCGUUAUUACGCAAUUCAGCCGCGUGGGAGGCAUAAAGGGGAAGCAUAUGCAAAUUCAAAGCAAGAGGACACGCCCUCCUUCUUAUGUUUCCACUUGGUUAGGGAUGCAGAUCUGGCCCCGCUUCGUCCCUACGACCCGUAUCAACAAUUCGUGAUUUAUCCCUACGAAACUAUGUUCGACUCGGGCCGGUUCUGCGCUAGAUCCAUCGCGCAGGAUGGGUACCCUCCAGGAUUCUUGGAGAGAAAGGGCUGGAAGAUUUAUUGGAAAACCCCAAAGAGCUUCUACUUGGACGACGCGCCAGGGAUCGACGGCCCGUGGCGCAAACUCCUUCCAAGCUUCGACUUCCCAAUCUCACGAGCGAGAUCGGACGUGGUGGUCGUGGGGAAGUGGUACUGCCCGUUCAUGUUUGUCAAGGACGGGACGGUAGGAGACCAGAUAAACAAGUCCAUGUACUAUGGGAUGUCACUUGAGCAAAGAUGGGAACGGAUAUACACCAGCGAAAACGACGGUAAAGGCGGCAAUAGGGUGACUGUGGACGUUGUUAUCCAAAACGAGGUCGUCUCGGUGGCCGGGACGGAAGCCGUGGAUGCGAAUGUAGCCGAUGGGGUGCUGUGGUGGAGGAGUGUUGGCGAGGGGAGAGGAGAGAACAGAGUUGGGUUGAGCUUGGCCAUUGUUGAGAGGAUGAAGUGGGAAGAGAAGAGGGUGGGCUGGGUCAAUGGAGAUGAGAAGCACCACGUGAAGGUGAACAGAGUGGAGGAGUUUGAUGGUGGUGAUGGCGGCGAAUGGAAGAGGUUUGGAUGUUACGUGCUGGUGGAGAGGUUUGUGCUGAGGAGGAUGGAUGGGAGUCCAGUGCUCGCUUAUGAUUUCAAGCACCCUCAUCAACUGAGGAAUAAAUGGGAAUGAUGAGGAGAAUUGAUUGAUUUUGUUGAAGCUUUAGACAAAAU